AUGUCUUCAACAAUUUCAAUUCAUUAUAUAGUUGCUGGUUUAAUUCUAAUAAUAUUUUGUUUAUUUAUCAAUACUCGCUUCAACUAUCAUCAUUUACCUCUUUCUGUUCGUGAAACAAAUUUUAAUCCUUGUUUUGAAUGGGAUCCUGUUGAUCAUCGAUUACCUACGGCCCAUAAGUGCUCCAAAUUAAUAAGUAGUGUCUUAUGGACUUAUGAUGGUACUGGUCUAAUGAAAUAUAUUCAAUGGAUAAUAGUACGAAAAUUAGGAAAUAUUAAAAUAACUCGAUUAAAUGAUAAUUGUCAAAUUAUUCAACAAAAUUAUUUUUCCUCAAAUUCGACUAAUAACUCAUUUGUUCAAAUUUAUAUUAUGUCUCUAUCAACUAAUUUAAAUUCAGAGUCUCAAUGUUCAAAUAAGAUUAAUCAAAUAGUAAAAAUUGGUAUAGGACAUAUUAAUCAAAUUUAUUUUAAAAGAAAAUCUAUUAGAGCAACAGUUUUCUUUCAACAAUUAGAUUUAAUAGGACCAAAUAUUAAUUUUACAUUCGACUUAAAUAUUUCUUUCAAAGAUACAAUAAAUUAUUUUCCAAAUUAUUUCAAAUCUAUUAAAUUAACAAUUAUCAAUUCUGAAGAUUUAAUUAAAACAAAUUUAACUGAAUGUGAAAAAAUUCUAAUAGAUUUUAUAUCAUUAUUAAAACUUUCAAAUUCAUCAUUAAAAUUAAAUGAUAUUAUCGAAUAUGAUUCUCAUCAAUUUAUUGAAGAUUCAACUUGGUGGGAUCAAUCAAUUGUAGCUGAAAAUGUUCUUGACAUGUCUAUACCAUCGCCUUCAAUAAAUUUCACAUAUACUAAUGAUUUCUAUCAUUUACAUGGUAAUUCUUCAUUUAUUCAAUAUUUAUAUGAUAAUCGUCAAUGUUAUAGUGCCGGUAUAUUUGCUCAAAUGCAAUUCGAAACAAUUCCAAAUCGUAAUUCUACUGAGAGAUUAAAUCGAUGUUUAUUAAAAACAUAUGAUUGUGCUUUUAGUGAUAUAUAUUUAUUCGAAGAUCGCGAACAACUAUAUCAACAAUCUUAUCCAAAACCAAUCAAAUGUGGUUUUACUAUUUCGUCGAUAUUUGAUAAAGUUCGAAAUCGAUAUGCUCGUAAUCAUACAUGUGAAACGAUACUUUUUACAAUUAUUACAGACUGCUAUGACCUUCUACCACAAAUACGAGGUACUCUUCUACCAUCAUUCUGUUUCGUUGCUUUAGUUGAUACAAAAACAUUGGAUGCCUAUAAAAAAUCGAAUUUGAUAAGUCCAGUUAUUCCAUGGGAUUUAAUUGAUUUAGGUGUUAAUGCUACACCAUUCAGUGUAGCUGCAAAAACAACUGAAAUAUUAAAAACAAUUGGACAACGAUUGUUUCCACUAGCAAAAUGGAUUAUUUGGCUUGAUGGUAGAGGACAAAUUACUGAAAUUAGUCAACUAUUGAAACAAGCAAGAGCUCCAGUACUUGGUGCUCCACAUGCUCUUCCAUCACGAACUUCAGCAUCUGAAGUAGCUCCUACUAUUGAACGAGUAUUUGGUAGAGGACCACCUGGAUCUCCAAUCGUAACUGAUUCUAUAGCAGAUAUUCAACUUCAAGAAAAACAAUAUAAACAAGAAGGAUUUUAUUGUCGUUCUGAUGCACUCGAUUUAAGAAUGUUUGAUAUUGCAGUAUUUCUAUAUAGAAAUAAUCAUCCAUGUAUAUUUCGUUAUUCUUGUGGUUGGCAUAAUGAAAUUAGUUAUUAUUCAUAUCGAGGACAAUUAUCAGUGUAUUAUCCAGCCGUUCGAUUUAAUUUAAGUGAUUAUUUACAUUUCAUACCACAUGGGUAUUUUUUUAUUUUUCCUCAUCGAUCAGUGUGUUAG